CCAAGUUCAGGUUCCUCGGGUGGAAUGGGGCGCUUCACGGUGUGGGACUAUGUGGUCUUUGCAGCUAUGCUGCUCAUCUCAGCCAUCAUUGGCAUCUACUACGCCUUCGUGGGAGGUGGGCAGAAGACAUCAAAGGACUUCCUCAUGGCAGGCCGCAGCAUGAGUGCCCUCCCGGUUGCGCUCUCCCUCACUGCCAGCUUCAUGUCGGCCGUCACCGUGCUGGGCACCCCUGCUGAGAUCUAUCGCUAUGGUGCCAUCUUCUGCAUCUUUGCCAUCACCUAUGGCCUGGUGGUGCUGUGCAGCGCUGAGAUCUUCCUGCCCGUCUUCUACAAGCUGGGCAUUACCAGCACCUAUGAGUAUUUAGAACUCCGAUUUAAUAAAUACCUACGCCUCUGUGGAACAGUCCUUUUCAUAAUACAAACGACUUUAUACACUGGUAUUGUCAUUUAUGCUCCAGCUUUAGCACUAAAUCAAGUCACUGGCUUCGACUUAUGGGGCGCAGUGGUGGCGACUGGCGUGGUCUGCACAUUCUACUGCACACUGGGUGGUCUGAAGGCAGUGGUGUGGACGGACGUUUUCCAGGUUGGAAUCAUGGUUGCUGGAUUUUCAUCUGUGAUUAUACGAGCUGUGGUGGUUCAGGAGGGAAUUGGACGCAUUGUAAAUGAUUCCUACCAUGGAGGAAGAUUAAACUUCUGGGACUUUGACCCCAAUCCUUUGCAAAGGCACACCUUCUGGACGAUUGUUAUAGGUGGGACUUUCACAUGGACUGGUAUAUACGGGGUUAACCAGUCCCAAGUCCAGAGAUACAUCGCAUGCAAAAACAGAUUCCACGCAAAAUUGUCCCUCUACAUCAACCUGGUGGGACUCUGGGUAAUCCUGGCCUGUGCCACACUGUGUGGACUGGCCAUCUACUCUAUCUACAAAGACUGUGACCCAUGGAUGGCCAACCAGGUGUCGGCACUCGACCAGCUAAUGCCAUACCUAGUGCUGGAUAUCAUGCGUGAUUUCCCAGGAGUGCCGGGACUUUUUGUGGCUAGUGCCUACAGUGGGACAUUAAGUACGGUGUCCUCCAGCAUCAAUGCUCUAGCUGCUGUGACUGUUGAAGACCUCAUUAAGCCCUACUUCAAAUCUCUCUCUGAAAAGAAGCUGUCAUGGAUUUCCAUGGGGAUGAGCCUGUUUUAUGGUGGAGUCUGCAUUGCUAUGGCUGCAGUGGCAUCUCUUCUGGGAGCCUUGUUGCAGGCAGCGCUCAGCAUUUUUGGCAUGGUUGGUGGCCCCCUUUUAGGACUGUUUGCCUUGGGAAUCCUCUGCUCCUUUGCAAAUGGAAUUGGGGCAUUUGUGGGUCUUGUCAGUGGCUUCAUUAUUUCACUUUGGGUUGGAAUUGGAUCUCAGAUUUAUCCUCCACUUCCAGAGAGAACCAAGCCACUCGAUCUCUCGACUGCAGGCUGUAAUAUAUCCUCAGGAAAUUUAACAUCAACAGAAAUUCCAUUAACAACGGUUUUCAGCAUACCAGGUGCAGAAAGGCCUGCCCUGGCAGACAACUGGUAUUCCUUGUCUUAUCUCUACUUCAGCACACUUGGGACACUUGUCACAGUAGUUGUGGGGAUAAUUAUCAGCCUCCUAACAGGAGGACUAAAGCAGAACACGGAUCCUAAAUUCCUGCUGACCAAGGAAGAUUUCCUGUCCAACUUCUCACGGUCUGAAACUGAGCAACCAGAGAAAGUGGAAGUGUUGAACUGGAAACCAUUUACUGUGGCAGACGAAGGAACUGACAACCCUGCCUUUAGCCACAUUGAAAUGGAUGUUGCAAGUGACAAGAACAAAGUCAAUGGUCUUCACAUAUGACACAAGGCCGUGUCAGCCCAUGAGGACAGUUUUGCUCAUGUCAAGCACUGUUGACGUUCCUGCUCUGGGUCAGUUACCAGCUCUGCUGGGGUCAUGGGCAGGCACCUGCUGAGCUUUGUGGCACUAUCGCCUUUGCACGACCUUGAGAUUAGUCAAGAAAGGAAUCAGGUUUUUCUUGCACUUCUUCACUCUCUCUGGAUCUUGGUGACAGAGCCUAAAGCAAUGUUUCUAUGUGAAAUAUUUGCUUGAUAUUUUUGAGCCUCCUGGAAAAUAUCUGCUUUUAAUCUCAUUUCACCCUCAGAGUGAAUUUUUUAUUUGGGAA